CCAAGAGUGAGGGGCCGUGAGCGGUGGGAGCCCGGUCUCGAAUAGAAUAAUAUAAAAACAGCACCCAUCUCGCUUCUAAAGUCGUCUCUUUUGAAUAUCGCACCAUGACCAGAAAAAUACAAGUCUACAUUCGUUUCAAUAUCUAGCACCCUGACAGGCCAUUACGGCGAGAUAUUAAAUUCAGCAGUCACAUUUGCAACAUGGGUGACGCACGCUCUAUCAUCUCGGAGGCACCGAAGGACAGCAACGUCGUCGCGGUAGACGCGUAUGCUCUUGUCCAGGCCAUCCUCGGCCGUACGGCAGACAAGGCAAGAAGCGACUCUGAUCGUACUGAGACCCUUGAGUACGACGAUCUUCCAGACCUCCGCAGCGACAUGAUGCUCUCAACUUUUGACGAGCGCGGCCCCCGCCCUGACCAACAGCCAAAGAAUGUCAGAAUUGGCUGCGCCAACCCCUAUGCCCUUGUGGAGGCCAUGCUUGGUCGACGCAUUGACCGCAACUCUGUCAAUGCAUCGACCUUGAUCUCUCAAGUCCUGCAGACCGACUACGAUGAGCUAUUUGACUUGAAGAACAAGUCUGUACUCUACGCCGGCCUGCAGCUCAACGAGAAGGAGCGGAUAGCUUCACAGCUCACGGAGAAGGAUAUUCACCUCCUUAGCGAGCGUGAUCUCAUGACGCCUGACUUGUCUCGUGUCCAACGUCUACAGGAUCUAGAGCAGAUUGGUCUCAAGGAUCUGAACCAAGUGCAUGUCAAGCACGCUCGGAUCCAGAACGGCAAGAUCCGCCUGGUCAUCCAAGCCAACGCCAAUGGCAACCGCAUUGCUCGCCAAGUAUCCAACCGGGAGCUCACAAGGACCAUGAACGAACUGAUGACCCCGUUCCGACUCAGCGGCAAGGACGACGAGAAUCUGCCUGGUCGGGAAGACAACGAGUGGUCGCCUCCCAACGCAUCCUGGCGCGACAUGUACGACUACUUCUUCCAGAGUGUCAAUCGUCGCCUUGUGAACGAUGUGACCAACUUCUCCAUCGGUGAUGGAAGACGUCGCCCCAUGCACUUCUUCGAUGACCCUACCCAGGGCGCGUCGACGAACAGCUGGCUUAUUGCCGCCUUGUUCUCUGUCUUCUGGGCCAGCCCCGCAACCAUCAACCGUGCAACUCGUGUGCACCCUCAUAGCGAGCGUAUGGAUGACAAUGAGGACAGCCGUCGACGCCGUCACACCCUUCGAGUCCGCUUCCACGACAAGGGAGGCAACAACAAUAACCGCACCGAGACGGUUGAGGUCAACUACGAGAUCCCCAUCACCAACUCCAACAACGAGCCCGUCUUUGCCCGUGCCUCUGACGGCACUGACAUUUGGCCUUCCUUGUACGAGAAGGCGUUCGCCAAGUGGAUCCUGGGGAGCAACAACAAGAACGAGCACCACCCAGACAUUACCUGUACUCACUCAGGUGACCCAAUCAAGGCCAUGGCUCAGAUCAAUGGCCGCGACCCGCAGUACUUCCGCUGCGAGAACCACAGUGCCAACGAGCUGCUCGGCGUCGUCCGCCAGAACUGUGUCAACAACAAGACGAUCAACCCAAUGUCUGCCUGGACCCACGCCACCGGUCCCAUGUACCGCGGCAGCAACCUGGUCGCCAACCACGCCUACUCUAUCUGCGGCUACGCCGUGGUCGGGGACAGGCAGUACAUCGUGCUGCGCAACCCCUUCGGCGUCACUGAACCGGCCGGACUUACCAGCUACCCAGGCCUGCUCACCCGCAUGGACCCAGAGCUGUGGCAGCCCGCGGAGCUCCUCGACCAGGGCGGCCUGUUCGCCCUCGAGACCCGCUCCUUCAAGGAGUGCUUCCAGUACAUGGGCUGUGCGAAGUGACUCAUUGACGCGUGGUAGGACUCGAACUCUGAAGAGUGGUCCUGCCAAACCCAAACUCCCAGUGCGGCGUGUGUGUUUGCGGAUGAUGCAUCACCUCGGGUGUGUGCGGCGAGUUCUCACGUACCUAGGUAUCGAAACUGACCUGGUUGUCCCUCCUUCAUGUGGCACUUCCCCUACUUGACCUGAUAUCGCGGAUAGUACUCCCGACUCGGUCAUAUUGUUUCCUUCCACAUCCAAAAGUUAUCUGUCAUCAUUUGAUUGGGCUCAGUUGGAAAUAGUUUGGCGUAGCAUGCGCAAGGCACAUCGGAUUGUACCGAUACGUAGCUAGCAACCAAAUUGAUAGCCUCUAGCCACCGUAAUGAAGAUCAUUACAUGCUGCAAAAAA